AUGGCGUCACAAGCAACACAAAUGUCCCCAGACCAAUUUCAACAACUUAUCGAAACAAUAAAAUCCCUAGCACCACAACAAAAAGAUCAAGUCCUCGAAGAAAUCAAAUCGAAAGGAAGUUUUGCCAAUUGUUGUACCCGUUUUGCGGGCCAAUGUGACAAUGAUGCCGUCGAAGUGUUCAUCGAUGCCGUUGAAACAUACAAAGAAAUGGAACAAAUAUCCGAUAAAGAUGCUCUACGCGGUUUACCGCUGCUCUUCAACGGUUUGGCAUCGACCUGGUGGAAAGGUGUACGACGAGAGGCCAAAACAUGGGAUGAUGCCAUGCGUCUGCUGAGAGAACAUUUCUCACCGUCGAAGCCGACCUAUCAAAUUUAUUUGGAGAUCUUCGAAAAGAAACAGGGUGAUUUGGAAUUAAUAGAUCCUUUCAUACUCGAGAAGAGAGCUCUACUAGCCAAGCUGCCCGAGGGUCGUCACGAUGAGGAAACGGAAUUAGAUUUCGUGUAUGGCCUGCUCAAUGUCAAAUAUCGUCAAAAAAUACCCCGCCAUGAAAUCAAAUCAUUUCGAGAGUUACUCGAAAAGGGCCGUACCGUGGAAAGGACUCGCCAUUAG